CGUUUAUCGACGGCGUCAGAGUGGACGGCUGAUUUAGCGAGAUGCAUUCGUAUAUAUAUGACGGACGUUAGAAAUGACGUUGACGGGGGGGCCGUUUGGGUCAAUUGGUCUCCUUCUUGUUAUGUAGGGCAGAACAGGCCGGGAGAAGGUGAUUCAAUCAUUUCAGAAAGAUGCCGGUUCACACCAUUUUUCAUUUUCUAAGCUUUUGAUUCUCUUUCCCUUCUUCAACCAUUUUUCUACCCCCUCUCCACCGCCUAAAUCAACCCUUUUUCUUUCCGCCGCCGUUGGAAAUCAACAUGAAGAGGGAGCAUCACCAUCUUCAUCCCCGUCCGGAGCCGCCUUCCAUGGCUGCCGUUCCUAAUGGGGAGAGUUAUUUGAACACUGGUAAGACUAAGCUCUGGGAUGAGGAAGCGCAGCACGAUGGAGGAAUGGAUGAGCUUCUUGCUGUUUUGGGUUACAAGGUUAAGUCGUCGGACAUGGCGGAAGUUGCUCAGAAGCUUGAACAGCUUGAAGAAGCUAUGUGUCAAGUUCAGGAUACUGGCCUCUCACAUCUCGCUUUUGACACUGUUCAUUAUAAUCCCUCUGAUCUGUCUACCUGGCUUGAAAGUAUGCUCACGGAGCUCCAUCCGAUGCCUAAUUUUGCGCCGCCUCCGCCAGCUCCUUCGCAGCUGGACGAUUCGUCGUUUUUAGCUCCGGCGGAAUCCUCCACCAUCACUUCCAUUGAUUACGACCCUCAACGGCAAACCAGUAGCCGGAUUUUUGAGGAAUCUUCUAGUUCUGAUUACGACCUUAAAGCUAUCACGAGCAGCGCGAUUUAUUCACCGAGAGAGAAUAAACGUUUGAAAUCCUCCGAGUCGGACUCGGAUUUGUUCUCCACCUCGGCGAUUGGGGCAUCUGAUUCUGUAACUCGCCCCGUCGUCCUCGUCGACUCACAGGAGAACGGAAUUCAACUGGUUCAUGCUCUGAUGGCUUGUGCCGAAGCCGUACAACAGAACAAUCUGAAUCUAGCGGAGGCUCUGGUGAAGCGAAUCGGUUACUUGGCGGUUUCUCAAGCCGGAGCGAUGAGGAAGGUCGCUACGUUCUUCGCCGAAGCCUUGGCACGGCGAAUCUACAGGCUCUGCCCUGAGAAUCCACUCGAUCAUUCAAUGUCCGAUACGCUUCAGAUGCAUUUCUACGAGAGCUGUCCCUAUCUGAAAUUUGCGCAUUUCACCGCUAAUCAAGCGAUUCUAGAAGCCUUCGAAGGGAAGAAGCGUGUUCACGUAAUCGAUUUCUCGAUGAACCGAGGGAUGCAGUGGCCGGCUCUGAUUCAAGCCCUAGCUCUACGACCCAACGGUCCUCCAGCCUUCCGCCUCACCGGAAUUGGCCCUCCGGCGCCGGAUAACUCAGAUUACCUCCAAGAAGUAGGCUGGAAACUCGCUGAAUUGGCGGAAGCUAUCCAUGUAGAUUUCGAGUACAGGGGAUUUGUGGCGAAUAGCUUGGCGGAUCUGGACGCGUCUAUGCUGGAGCUCCGGCCGAGCGAGGUGGAAUCAGUGGUGGUUAACUCAGUAUUCGAGCUGCAUAAGCUACUGGCUCGGCCUGGUGCGCUUGAAAAGGUUCUGUCGGUGGUGAAGCAUAUGAAGCCGGAGAUCAUGACGGUGGUGGAGCAAGAGGCGAACCACAACGGUCCGGUUUUCGUGGACCGGUUCACUGAGUCACUCCAUUACUACUCGACGCUAUUCGACUCGUUGGAAGGCUCCCCCAACAACCAAGACAAGAUCAUGUCCGAAAUGUACCUUGGGAAGCAAAUUUGCAACGUUGUGGCUUGUGAAGGCGCCGACCGAGUCGAACGUCACGAGACCCUGACUCAGUGGCGGACUCGGUUGUCCUCUGCCGGGUUCGAACCGAUCCAUCUUGGCUCGAACGCAUUUAAGCAAGCGAGUAUGCUCCUCGCCCUUUUUGGCAGCGGAGAAGGGUAUAGAGUAGAAGAAAACGACGGAUCAUUGAUGCUAGGAUGGCACACUCGCCCACUCAUCGCCACAUCCGCUUGGAAACUCGGCAACAACCCGGUGGUCGCUCACUGAGUGAAAAUUCACAAGACGGGUUCGAACGCACCGAUCCGGGUCAAACUCAGUGGACCGAGGUCGACUAAAAAAAUUCCCACUUCGUGUUUUUUUACCUCACACCCGAAUGGAACAGUGCGUGGCAAUAACAAGGAGCAAUCUUAUCUCACCACUGUCUGUCACCUUGACAGGGUGACCCACCACUAGCAAAUGUGCCUUUCACCCUCACCUUUCACUUUUGCCUGGCACUCUCACCUUCCCCCCCCCCCCCCUCUUCUCUUCUUUUUUCUUUUUUGGUGGGUAUUCAAGGGCUCUUUUGUAAUUCUCCAAUGGUAGAUUUCCAAAAACAAAACCCAAAAAGAAAAUUAUGUAUUAUGGUUAUUAUUUCAAUAUUACUAUAUAUAUAUAUAUUAUGAUAUGAAUUUAAUUAGAUUAUUGGUAAUAAAAAGCAAAAGGGGGAAGAAAGAAAAGAUGAAAAAGGAAGAAGGGGCAGACUGGGUAUUUUAGAUUAGUGAUUCAAUGAUGUAAAGAGGAGGGCAGAGAAGAGCUUCAAUAACUCUGCUUUUCUUUUUUUCUUUAUUACAAACACUCAGUCUUCUUUCUGCUUUUA